ACGUCAGGGAAUAGUAACUCCGUACGGCGCGACGGGCAAGAUGGUAAGAUUGCCUUACUUUCGACCGAUCUUGGUGAUUACAAUAUGGGACGCCAUAUAUCUACUGUGGGCAUACUACAUAAGUCGGCCUCCAAGGAAAAGUUUCAAGGAACAAACCGCAUAUUUAGUGAAAAUGUUGGACCUCCUUUGCAAAAAGAUUUUAGAAAUGGAGGAGAACGUCCUGGCUCGCCCAAUCACGAUAAAUCUCACAUUUUCGGCACGAAACGGGAAGAUUCUGAGAUACUUUUUCGGGGCAACAAUUCGUUGUGGGAAAAUGGGACAAACGGGAAAGCUGAUAUACGAUAUAAACAAACUAGCGUCAAAGACGAGAGUGAAAAUGAUGCCGUUGAAUGUUCCAAUCGAGAAAAAAUUCGAGAACUGCGGUCAAGCUUGGGGAAAUUGUUCCGAGACAGUACCAUGGACGGCUCUGUAUGGACAAAGAAACGCGUUCAAACGCCGUGUUAUCUUGUACUCCCAAACAAUGAAUCUAAAAUCGAACUUGACAGUUUUUCCGUGUGCCAAGUGUCAGUUUGUGCGAGACUCGAUAUUAAAACAUCGUGCAAUAACUCUCCCAUUAUAGUUGAACGAAUAAGUGAAUCUGAUGGUAUUCGUGUGGCAACCUCUCUUCACCUUAAGCUCCAAACUGAAGAUCCUCAAGAAAAUACUAUGAAAGAGCUUCAAUGUUACAUUACGGAAAUUAAACAGUUUGGUUUUCAUCAUAUUAUCGUCAUCGGAAAACGUUAUUGUGGCAUGCUUUUUAUGGAUUGUUUUCGUCGCGUGUUUGAUUGGGAUUCAGCAAAUUAUGCAUUGUGGCUUCUCGGGGAUUAUUUCGAAAUUAUAUCAAAGGAUGAAUCUGAGGAAUAUGGUCGGAUAGCAUGGGGCGUCUUGGAUGACGGAACUGUGAUUGAGCUCGAAAAAUAUUUGCCGGGAAAAG